AUGGAGAGAUUGGUGGCACCCACUGCACCAUCCCUGACAACAUUCGCGUGGAUGGCACAACGCUAUGAGAUUGAAAUGAAGGCUGCAGCGGAGUUCCUGUCACCGCUAGACCACUCAACACAUGUACUUCGACUGCAGUAUGAAAUGUAUAUUUUGGAUGGAUAG